UGAAUCUUCGCUCAGACAGCAUGAGGCACGACAUCGGCAAGAUGGUCCCUACAAAUGUGAUAUAUGUAGUCAAGUGGCUUUUUCGGUGUACCAUUACAAAACACACAUUCAGCGUCAUUCCUCUGAAAGCAAGUACGAAUGUAAAUGCUGCAACUCGUUCAAGAUAUCUCAUGAUUUAAAACGCCUUGAACAAAGAAAGAGCCAAACAAAGGAAUUCAAAUGUGAUGAAUGUGGCUUGGCCUUCUCUAAUAAUAAAGAUGUUAGUGAAGAUAAGGAUAAAGAUAAGCACGAGAAUAAGAAACGUCAUAAAUGUGGCAAAGCAUUAAGUUCAAAGGUAUUACAUGAAGGAAAUACCGCACGUGAUGAUACAAAUGUUGAUGAGCAGAGAUUAAGGAGUGUAAUAAGUGUUCGGAACUAUAAGAUUGAGCACGAUACACUCGAGGAUGAUUGUGAUAUUACCGAUGUAUCAGUUUUACCUACAGGAGAUAUUUUAUUAGCUGAGUGGACAACAGUGGGCUUAUAA